AUGGCGGAAGCUGAGGAUUAUGGGUUUGCCCCAGAUGAAAUGGUAGUCAGUGAAAACCUUGGCUACCCUAAAGCCUUCGCAAAACUCUGUCGUGACCGGAGUUUCGGUCCCUACAGCCAUGGCCCUCCCUUUACAUUCAUCCCUUAUGCUUUGCAAGAACAUGAGGCUGAGAGAGCUCGGGAUUUGGAUGAGAUGUUUCCGAUUAUAGAUCCCAAAGCUAAGGCGACCAGCAAGCCUAAGAUCUUUGUCACUGUCUUGUGGAAGCAGCUCCGUCAUCUUGGGAAUGCUGGCUUUGACCCUGCUGUAAUUCGAGUGGAUGGUUAUGGCAAUGUGCUCUAUUAUCACGCAGAUUCGGCCUCUCCUCUGGCUUGGGAUGUUGAUCACUGGUUUCCUUGUUCAAGGGGGGGUUUGACUGUUCUUAGCAAUCUAAGGAUAUUACAGCGGCAAGUCUGUAAGAGGAAGAAAAACAAGCUGGAAUUCUUGGUGCCAUGGUGGGAUUUCCAAUUGGGGAUCUCUGUGAACCAGUUCCUGUCUGUUUUUGCAUCGUCAAACUCAGACUUCAGGCACAGAGCCUUUUCAUUUUUGUUCUAUGAAGGAGAAAAUCAAGAAUUGAAUGCUUCACAAAUAGUGGAUUCUCAUUCUUUUCCACAACACUUCUUUGGGUUGAAAGAAGAGGUAGGCCUGGCUCCAGCUGCAAUCGUAGAAUCUCGAAGGGAACCUUGUGAUGCAUUAGCUUUGAGACAACUCGAUUACAAUAGGAAGCCAAGGCCAAUGUCUCCUGCAAUAGUAGCUGCAAGGAAAACAAAUGGCAGUCUUCUGAAAGAAAAUGAAGAUCCAGAUUUUGUGAAAAAUCCCUACCAAGCAAUUGUCAUGGCUAGAGAUUCCCUGAAGCAAAGAGAAGAAACUACAAAAAUGCAGGCAGAAAUACAGAAGCUAGAUGAUGAAGUGAAUGACUUAAAGCUCAAAAAUGAGGAAGAAAAGCUCACUAUUCAAGACCUGGAAAUGGCACUCAUAAAACGUAGGAGGAAGGCAGAAAAGUGCAGAAGGUUAGCUGAGGCUCAAUCUUCUUACAGGAUUAUGCUAGAGAAGAUGAUCAGAGACAGCAUGCAUCAGAGUGUCAUUUAUAAGGAACAGGUAAGAUUGAACCACGCUGCAACUAAUGCAUUAAUGGCUAGACUUGAAGCACAGAGGGCAAUCUGUGAUGCUGCUGAGAAAGAUCUUCACAAGAAAUACAAACAAAGAGAUGACAUAGAGAAACAGAUCAGACCUGAAUGGGAGCAAGGAAGGAAGAGGUCAAGAAUAGAUGAUGCCACUUUUGACGAGAGAGACAGUAAACCAGCUCUUUACUUGCCUGGGCCCAGACCAAGAACACCUUCGCACAAGGAGCUCAGAAUGUUUUUAGAGGAGGAACAAAGGGGAUUCGAAGUUGACUUCUCAGCAAACGAAGAGCAAAAGCAGGAAGAUAAAGAACAGAAGAUGAACAUACCAGCUAACAAUGACACAGAAGAGAAGAAGCUAGAGGAGCAUAUUAGAUCAAGUGUUGCAUUAGAUGAAGAAAACUCAAUUGAGCGAAGACUUGAGAAGCUUAAAAUCAGCGUAGGCAAGAGGAGUUGUGGCAUUUCCUUCACAAGUCUUCAUGAGACAGAAACUGAGGAAGAUGAAGAAACCAGAAAGCAACGUGGAAAAGGGAAUGUGGAGAAGUGGCUUCAGAUGCUUUUAGAAAAUAGUCAACAAGCAGGAACUGAUCCAGAAGAAACAAAUGAAAAUUCUUCUUGUGGAACUGAAGAAAAAAUAAUCCAACAACUGAAUCAGAAGUUCCCACAAAAGGAGUUGAGGAUCUCAAAAGUUUCAGAUUCUGAUUAUAAAGAGAAUCAGCUGCAACUUCUUGACGACAAGAAUACAUGGACAGAUAAGGAAGAUAGAAUGGAAAAUGAAUCUACAAGUGUUAUGCCGACAGUACAUAAAAAUUAUUCUGAAGAAGCAUGCAUCACAGGUGAAGGAAAUUGCAUUCCUACUGGUGUUGAAGGGAUGGAAAGAAAGGAACAACAUAAAAAGGAAAAAAAACUUCCUAGAUCAGAUAGUGCCAGGACCAUGAGGCGAAUUCCAUCGUCUCCAUCUUUGCUUUUUGGUGGCAUCAGAAAAGGUGUGGACAGCAUUCGGAAGAAGCCAACAGCAAGUGAUGAUCUGGCAGCAUCAAACAAUUUCUUGAGGUCAUCCAUCAAGACAAUCAAGAAAGCUGUGAAUUUAUGA